AAAAAUAAAAUGUGAUAUUGGCACUGCCGGCAUGCCGUGCAGCAAGUGUAAGGAGCUGAAGGUAGAGUCUCAGUGCGUGCUCCACAAGCGCAGAAGGAAGACCGACGGGGUGACGUAUUUCGUGACGCAGGAUAAUUUCCUGAACGUGAUCAAGUUCUCGCCCAAAAAAUACAUGCGUUCAGCGGCCCAGACAGAGAGCCGUGCGGUCAACAUGGCUUUCUAUCCUGCUGUGAACGAGCUGGCGUCCAAGUUCUACAAAAACGUCGUGGGAUACGAAACGGAGCUCGACGACCUGGAUUUGCAGUACAUGACGCAGCUAGGGUGCUUCAAUCUGCCGGACCGGGUUACCUGCUGGAAACUGUUCAACUUCUUUUUCAAAAACAUGAACAACUGCUUGAUGAUCCUGGAGUACGGGAAGUUCAUUAAAGACCACCAGCAAUUGGAGGACGUGCCGUCGUUGGUGCUGGUGCAAGCGCUGCUCUGCAUCGGCUCAAUUCUUGCAAAAGCAGAGCUCGCAACGGAGGAAGAGCGCAACACAUACGACAAAUACACUGCCGUGUUCUACAAGAGAACCAAGGCGCUUGUGGACGCGUCUGUGGAGCAGGACCCGAUCGCGCUCGUGCAAACGUACCUGGUGCUUUCGUGCAUCUCGGAGAUGACCAAGUACGCCAUGGGCACCAGCGGACGCACGUGGCUGCGCAUGGCACACCAGGUUGCCCAGGACAACAGGUUCUACCAAGAACAACCACGGCUGCCGCAGUACGAGCGCAACAUGUAUCGCAGGCUGUGGUGGAUCAUCUACGCACGUGACCGCAUGUUUGUGUUCUGGCACAGCGGCUCAUAUCUGGUGUCCAAGGCGGAAACGGCGAUUUCGAAGAACACGGAGGAGCUGUUUGCGCUCGACGACUUUGCGCAAAAUAACCACGAGUAUUUUCGAAAUCUGAUCAAGAUCGGCGAGCUUAUCGAUAUCACAUCAUCCAAUGACAAUACGGCGGACGGGAUUUUGCUGUGGAGGGACGUGGACCAGUGCGACAGGCUGGUGACUAAGUGGUUUGAGAGUCUUCCUCCGCAUCUGGUAUUCAAGCUGGAUGAUCCGGAGUCGCAGACAUCCCACUCGGCGCUGAUCACGAUGUACUAUUAUCUACUGCUGCUGACGAUCCAUCGGGUGAAUAUUUUGCGCGAGUACAAAAAACUUGUGGUUCAGCGCAAAGACAAGGAGUUCUUGCAGAACAUCCCUUCAUGGGGGCUGACUUUCCAUUGUGCGUUUAUGAUUUCGCAGAUUUCGGCCCAGUGGCUCAAGGACAAUAACUAUGCUCCGUGUCCGAAUAUCUACAUGCAGUGCAUUUUUUCGAGCUCGUUCACCAUGCUGUGCCAGCUGCUAAACGAAGACGCGACGAUCGCAAAGAUGGCGGACGACUGCAUCCAGAAGAACCUGCUUUCUAUGAAGGAAUACGGCAAACAGUAUCUCCAAGGCCAAAUGGCACACUAUGUGGUGAGACAGGUAUACCUCGACAAGAGGAAGAGAUUGAAACUGUUGCGGACCACGUUUGAGGUGAGUGACGCGAGCGACACGUUCCCGGACCAGCUGAACGACGAGAUCAGCGCACGGAUCGAGCACAAGCUGGAGGCGCGGUUGUUCGAGGGGGCAGACGACCAGCUGGAGAAAGAUCGUCGCGAGCUGAACUCUUUCCUGCCCUUCCAGCUGUACCAUAGGAACUACGCGCCAUUUAUUCCACGCAAGCGGGCCAAAUACUCCACCGACAGCAAUGCGGAGCCCGUGGUGGACCCUGCAACCAAAUCGUUGCAGCACUUCCCGGCAACACAGCCAAGCACGGGCUGCGAGUCGGUUUCCGACAGCUCGCACGACAGUAUCAACGAGUGGCUCGCGCAUAGCAGCAACCCGACAGAAAUGGCCAACGUCAGGGAGUCCGACUUCCUCAAACACUUCAAAUUCAGUGCCGACCCGACGGCGGAGACGAGCGCGCCUUUCAGCCUCGACGGGAUGCCCGAGAUGGAGGACUUUGCCGAUGUAAUGCACAUGCCGGUGUCGAAUUUCGUCGACGCUAAUUAUAUGGGCGAUACCGUGACUGUGCCCGACUUCGACCAGCUGCUGAAAGGCCUUUAGCGACGAUCGACUUUUAGUUUAUUUUAGAAACUAUAAAUAAAUAUUACGGUUCCAUGUCCACCCCGUACGCGGCCCACCAGCCAUACUCGAAGACCCUCAAGCCAGCGACCCAAUCGCCGUUUGCGUGGCUGGAGCUUGCUGCGCGGUAUUUGCGCCACCGGCCGUACGUACUGCUGCUGCUGCCGCUGCUGUUGUUCUUCCUUCUGCCCCACUACCACAAGAACCCGCGGGUGGUGAUCAUUCUGGCGGCCAACGAAGGCGGUGGUGUGCAGCGAUGGAAAACCCCGCAGGAAUGGUCUGUGGAGCGGUCGUCAAUCGCUAACAAACGAGAAUAUGCCGAGCAACACGGGUACAUCCUCUCCAUUAAAGACACAGCAUUGAAAAGAAGAUACAGCCACGAAUGGCGCGAAGGCUGGGAAAAGGCAGAUAUUCUCAAACAGACCAUGCGCCAGUAUCCAGAAGCCGAGUGGUUCUGGUGGCUAGACCUUCACACGUUCAUCAUGGAGCCGCAGAUCUCUCUCGAGGAAUACUUAUUCAAAAAUCUGGAAAACCGCACCUACAGAGACCUGUCGUACCACAACCCGCUGCACAUUCCCGUGGACUCACCAUACGUGGACGUCGAGCAUGCUCCUGUGGACUUGGUGCUGGCCCAGGACUGCGGAGGGUUCAACUUAGGAAGCUUUCUGGUGAGACGGUCUGAAUGGACAGAGCUUUUGCUGGACAUCUGGUGGGACCCGGUAUUCUACGAGCAGAUGCACAUGACGUGGGAGCACAAGGAACAGGACUGUCUCGAGACACUGUAUAGAACACAGCCGUGGAUCAGGGAGCGCGUUGGCUUUGUGCCCCUGCGAGCUAUCAAUAGCUUUCCGCCAGGAGCCUGUGCGGAACAGAGAGACGAUCCGCAGUAUUUUUACAACGAGAAGGACCGCGACUUUUUGGUCAACAUGGCAGGUUGCAACUUCGGUGACCGCUCGUGCUGGAACGAGUAUGAGCACUAUAGGAACCUGCAGAAACAGCUCAGGAAGAGCCGGCGGUGGUCAUGGUUACCCGGCUUUUGAUAAAAUAGUCAAAAAAUCAUAAUGUAUAAUAAAUAAUUGUUUC